AGCAAGCAGUGCCUUUUUGGCUGUCUCCAGGAAAAUUUCUUUGUUUCUCCGGCGAGAAGAGAUUUUCCGGGGAAAAUAGCAUGAGCUCUCGGUUUUAGUUUGUGUUUAGAAAGAGGACGUAGCUAUUAUCUUCUGUGAUGGCGGUUGCGCCGGCAAGAGCUCGUUCAGACUAUGAUUACCUCAUCAAGCUCCUCCUCAUCGGCGAUAGCGGUGUGGGAAAAAGUUGCUUGUUACUGCGUUUCUCAGAUGAUACUUUUACCACGAGUUUCAUUACUACCAUUGGGAUCGAUUUCAAGAUAAGAACAGUCGAACUUGAUGGCAAGCGUAUCAAAUUGCAGAUUUGGGACACUGCUGGACAAGAACGUUUUAGAACUAUAACUACAGCAUAUUACAGAGGAGCUAUGGGUAUAUUACUCGUCUAUGAUGUAACAGAUGAGUCAUCUUUCAACAACAUUAGGAACUGGAUGAAAAACAUUGAGCAGCAUGCGUCCGACAGUGUCAACAAAAUAUUGGUUGGUAACAAAGCCGACAUGGACGAAAGCAAAAGGGCUGUCCCAACAUCAAAGGGACAAGCUCUCGCUGAUGAGUAUGGAAUCAAAUUCUUUGAAACGAGUGCAAAAACAAACCAGAAUGUCGAGCAGGUUUUCCUUUCUAUCGCGAAAGACAUCAAACAAAGACUCACAGAAAGCGAUACAAAAGCCGAGCCCCAAGGGAUCAAGAUCACCAAAAAAGAUGCUAACAAAGCGUCAUCGUCUUCUACAACUGAGAAAUCAGCUUGCUGCAGUUAUGUUUAGAAGUUCUCUGCACCUGUUUCUAAUCUCUUACCGUCUUUAAUCUUCUCCGCAUCAUUCAAGAGAUCGUCCUAUGUUCUUAUUAGUAGGAGGAUAGACUAAAUUGAUGGGCUGUGUGUGAUUUUAUGUCUAUUGUGCUAUAUCUCCAUGGCCAAAUACUGUACUGGAAAUGGUAGACAAUGUUUAAGUGUUUAGACUUUAAAUUAAUGCAAUGCAGAUGUUGUGUGUGUAA